AUCGUUCUCCUCAUCUAUCCAGAAUGCAGACAAACAAAAAGCUAAGAAGCAAAAAACAAGAGCACAACAUUUCAUAUUGAAUAUCUCAGUUCAAUAAGAAUCUCUCUCCAUGUUAGCUAGCCACCCUUUCUUGUUUCCAGUUCCUUCUAAUUCUGAUCCAUUUUCUUCCCCAGAAAAUGGUUUUAUUAUCAAAAGAAAAAGAAGACCUGCUGGUACUCCAGAUCCUGAUGCACAAGUUGUAUAUCUCACAGCAGAGAUGUUAAUGGAAUCUGAUCGUUACGUUUGUGAAAUCUGCAACCUUAGCUUUCAAAGAGAGCAGAAUCUUCAGAUGCACCGCCGCCGUCAUAAGGUUCCAUGGAAGUUGAAGAAGAAGGAAGAAGAGAAAAAUGAGAUGGAUCAAGUGGUCAAGAAGAGAGUAUAUGUGUGCCCAGAGCCAAGUUGUGUACACCAUGAUCCAUGCCAUGCACUAGGUGACCUUGUUGGAAUUAAGAAGCAUUUCAGAAGGAAACAUAGCAAUUACAAACAAUGGGUUUGUCAAAAAUGCUACAAAGGCUAUGCUGUUCAGUCAGAUUAUAAAGCUCACAUCAAAACUUGUGGCACCAGAGGGCAUUCUUGUGACUGUGGAAGAGUUUUCUCCAGAGUUGAAACAUUUAUUGAACAUCAAGAUUCAUGCAAAGCACAAAGUACAACAACUACUACUAACGAAUGUGCUGUGCAAACACCAAAGCCAAUUUUCUUGCCUAGUACUACUACUCAUCCACAUGAUCAUCAAUAUUCAAGAUUAUUGCCUAAUCUUGAUCUUGAGCUUUUCACUUCUCCUAAUUAUUAUAACCAAAAUGCACACUAUUAUUCUCCUUUCUUGGAAAAAAAUGAACAUACCCCACAAUCUAAUUUAUCAUCAUUUGUUGGUCAAAGUGGUCAUCAUAAUUACAUAGUCCAAAACAAUGAAGCCAAAGGGAUCAUUGAAGAGGCAACAACACAAGUAUCACAAUUGAAAAGUGAAGCAAAUCAAAUACUCAAAAUGGCUAUGGAACAAAAGGCAAUGGCUGCAGAGAAGAGACAACAAGCAAAGUGUUUGAUUGAUUUAGCCAAUCUUGAAAUGGCAAAGGCAAGGGAAAUUAGAGAAAGUGUUGACUCAUCAUCACAUGUGAAGAUAAUAAAAUGUGGCUAUUGUAAUAAUAAACAGUUCCAUCAAACUGUGUCAUUAAAAGAGGUUACUGCUUGUGGAGAGGUUUACCCUGUAGCUUUGACUAACUAUUUGUCAUCUUCCAUUUAUAAAAGGUGAAAAUAUUGAGUAGUUUAACAGUAGUUGAAUUAAUUCGUUUUGGCGGCCAUCAUGAAAUGCUAUUGAAGUGAUCAGAUUAUUGGUAUAUGGAGUGAACAAUGUAAACUCUUAUCUUCUGUUGUAAGACUAAUUAAAUAAAGUUGGUUUUAUUACUCCAGA